CCAACCUCUUCUAAGUAGAGAGUUAUACAAAUAAAUUGUGGUUUUCUCAGUCACCGAAAGAAAGGAGCAAGAUGGGAGCCAACUUAUCCAACAUGGAGAAUGCUCAUAAAUCAUCAAAGUCAUCAUCAGACCACAUUCUCACCUUCCAUUCCACUGCUAAAUGGAAGACUCAUUUUGAUGCUUCCAAAGAAACUAACAAGUUGAUGGUAAUCGAUUUCACGGCUACAUGGUGUGGACCUUGCAAAUCCAUGGACCCAAUUAUCCAAGAGUAUGCUGCAAAGUACACCAACGUGGAAUUCAUCAAAAUUGAUGUGGAUGAGUUGAUGGGGGUCUCUCAAGAAUUCCAGGUGCAUGCAAUGCCAACAUUCAUAUUGAUAAAGAAAGGAAAAGUUGUUGAUAAGGUGGUGGGUGCAAAAAAGGAAGAGCUGCAAAAGCUUAUAGAGAAGCAUCUAAACUGAGUAGUACAUGUGUGAGCUUUCAUGUGCCAUGCCUAUGCCUAUAGACCUCUAAAGGAAAGAGGAAUAAGGAGAAAUUCUUCAACAUCUCCUGCAUGCCAUACCCCAUUAUAUCAAUGGUAUGAUGUGUGUUUAGCUAAUUUACUUGAAACUAAAAAAAAAAACAUUGUUGAUGUUUAAAGCAUGUACGAGUGUAACCAAUUGUAACUUACUUUUUAAGAGACAUUAAUGCCAAACGAGCAUUAAUUGGUUAAUUUCAAAAUUAUUUGUGUCU